AUGUAUCUUGACGGAGUGUUAUGUGUUGGUUUAUGGAUUUCAGACAUGAAUCACUCAGACCCUGAAGCUGUGGAAAACGAUGGUAAUUCAGUUCCUGCUGAUUUUCCUGACAGAUCAUCUGAAAAUGCAGACACGAUCGCAAACGUGAGUGUAGAUGGAUUAUUAGUGUUACCUGAUGAUGAUGAUGACCAUGAGGAGGGUAUUGGAUCACCUCAACAAUCGAACAACGUUGACGGUUUAGGCGUUGAAUCUCCGGGUGGAUCAGUGCAUUCGAGGAGAAAAGGUUUCGGUCUGAAGAAAUGGAGAAGGAUCAAAAGAGAUGGUCCCGUGAAGGACGAGGCUGCACCUGUUGAUGAUGGUAGUAAGUUACUCAAGCGUGGAUUGACUGGUUUAGUGAAUCCUCCUUCUAAACAUGUGGACUUGUCUUCAGUUGAAGCAAGGCAGAGUAGUGAAGGCUCUGUUGGAUCUGUGAAUAUGGUGAAUAAUCAUCAUCAUCAUCAACAUCAUCAUGGUGUAGCCAACGGGUUUAGUCCAGAUCCAGGUUUUAUGUUUACUGUAGGCCAAGCUUUUGAGAAAAGCGAAGAGCAUAGCGGUAAGAUUGCUUCAGGUAGCCAAGGGAAAAUCUGGAGGGAUACGAUCAAGAAUGCAAGUGAAGAGCGGGCGAAAACCGACAAGGGGAAGCCUUGUUCCAGCAUUGAUUCCGACUUGAGAAGUAGUGAUUUUGUGUUUUCCAGUGGCGCAGUUUCUGUUGCGAAUAAUGGAGAGAAAGAUGAGAGGUUGAUGAUGAAUCAUGUCGGGGAAUAUAGCAAAGAAAGUCAAGUUAGGGAGCAAGUGCAAACAUAUAGCAGAAGCGAAGAAGAAGAUGGGAACGAGAGAGAGAAAGACAACCAUUAUUGGGCAGACAAGGAUCAAAUUGCAGAUUCUGUAAGAAAUCUUGCAGCUCUGCAGGAAGCUCUUUGGAAAGAGGUUCAAAGUUUCCAGGAGCUGGGAAAAGAAUUUACGCCGAUACAUUCGAACACCGAUGAAUUGAGUUCAUCGAACCAGCCAAGAAAUGAAAACUGUGGAGAAGAGAACUCAACAUCCUCAGGGCCACAUGCAUUGAUCUUGAAGCAGAAGGUAAAACAUCUCGAACACAAACUCGAGGAAGCGAGGGCCAUUCUCGAGGCAAAGGAAGCCAGGAUCCAAGAACUUGAAAACUCAAAGAUUGAAUCUGAUCUUGAAGCCAUUUUUCAGAGAAGGAUCGAAACUGAAAUCGUGCACUUGGUGCUCACAAGAUCUCUGAGUUCAUCACUACAAGUACUCAAACAACCGAAGAAGGUACAUUUUCUGACAGAAGAUCCUGAGCCGAACCGUGGAAACAUGUUAGGAAAAACAUGCAAGUUCAGUUUCUAUUUCUUGACACAAUUGAUCUUGCUCGUCUCCAUACUUCGGUUUCUGGUCCUCCAAUUCUCUCCUGCUUCACGAUUAGUUAUACCAACCUGA